AUGUGGAAGCUUUUCACCAGCAUUAUCUCGGAGGAAAUUUAUUCCCACCUUGGCAACAACGGCCUCUUACCAGAAGAACAAAAGGGUUGUCGAAAAAAAUCACGAGGCACAAAGGACAAGCUGUUAAUAGCCAAAGUCAAAACAAAGAACUGUAAGAGAUGGAAGGUCGACCUUGCAAUGGGUUGGAUAGACUAUAAAAAGGCUUUUGAUAUGAUACCCCAUUCCUGGAUCUUAAGAUGUCUCGAAACGCUCGAGAUGGCGGACAACAUCAGAAGCCUUUUAGGAAAUAGUAUGAACAUCAGGCCCUAUAGUCAAUCAUCUAUUGUACAUGGAUGA